GUGGGCGCCUUCCUAAGCCGCUGUUCCCCGGGCGCGCAGGCGGAGGAGGAGCCCGACUUCCCCGGGAUGGAAGAAGCCAAGGCGGCCUGUCUCGACGGAGCGGACGACGGAGAGGCUUCCUCUCGGCGCCGGACCAAGCGCGGCUUCACCUACCCGGGCACACUCUGGUGCGGAGCCGGCAACAUCGCGGAGAGCUACGAGGAACUGGGAACUCACCGGGAGACGGACAGGUGCUGCCGGGAACACGACCACUGCCAGCACGUCAUCCACCCUUUCACCUACAAGUACGGGUACCGGAAUUUCCGAUGGCACACCAUCAGCCACUGCGACUGCGAUAACAGGUUAAAGGCAUGCCUGCGGGCCGUGAACGACACAACCUCCCGGGUGGUGGGCCAGGCCUUCUUCAACGUCAUCCAGGUGCCUUGCUUUGAGUUUACCUACAAAGAGCAAUGUGUGGAGCCUUAUCUCUACGUCUGGUGCAAGAACUACACGACCGUGGCGGUUGCCGUGGCGCAAGAUCCAGUGCUGUACGAAUAUGGCGGGCGGCUCAUAGACCGGCUGGCAACCCACCAGCCGCCCCUGGCAAAGUCUUCCACCGCCGCCACCACCUCCUUCCAUCUGUCGGCGGGCUCAUCUCCUCUUCCCCGCAAGCCGGACCAGGCUGUUGUGGCAGCGGCUGGGACCACUCCUGCCCCCCAGGCGAGGCCCAGCGACAUCCCCAGGAAGCAGCGGAAGGGCAAGGGCAAAGGAAGAAAAGGCAGAAGGGGAAAAGGCUUGAAGAAGAAGAAGGCGGCAGCAGCAAAGGCUGCGACCGUUCCUCAUCCGGCUAGAGAGGACCCCGCCGCCUUCCCAAAGCAGCUGGUAGAGCAGGAGCCAGCCAAGGUGGACUUCCAAGACCCUGUGAGGCUCCCAGACUUAAGGGAGGAAGAUCCGUUCAACGCCAUCCUUGGCGACGACCCUGCGGGAGGGGCUGAACCAGCAGGGGGCAGAGAGCCAACCGCCCCGCCCAAGGCCGCCCCCAGGCCCCCCACUGCCCAGCCUCCUCCGAGGAAGAGGAAAGGGAGGAGGAGGCGUCUUAGGGAGAGAGAUGGACGGUCCCAAUAUUUAACCCACCCAGACUCGGGGGGCAAGGUAUCCGCAGUCCAGGCUGCGUAAUAAACAGGCAAAAUCAGAUCGAGCCCAAAGAUCCUAACUUUACUUGUGUGCUUCCCCCCCCCCCCUGCAGAGGGCAGGGAAACAUCAGUGGGGGGAUCUGGAGGAGCCGAGGGUGCCUGGCACCCACUCUGCCCAGUCAAAAGGUGCUUGUCUGCCAGAGUCUGCUGGCACUAAGUGUCCCACUCCAGGACGUCUAUACACGCACUCAAGAAUGACAUCCUGUCGAGUCGUGCAAACUGGCAACUAUUUGCUUGCGUUUUGCGGAAUUUCUUCUUCUAGGUGGCAGAAGCAGCACAGGACACAAGACCACCUCCCCACAGCUCUGCCAAGGGGGCACAGGAGCAGAGCAGCUGCUUCGCAGGCAGAAGGCCCCAGGGCUCAAGCCCCAAUCCCAGUUGUUGCCAACCAGGUGUUUGGGACUAAGGCUCCCUAACCCUAACGCUGCUGGAGUUUGUUGAAAAAUAAAGAGAGUAAGUGAUCCGAAAUGCUCGUUUCUUCCAGGACAGACAGACAGUCCUCAGGUAGACAAAAAGAGAAACGGCUUGAUCCUGAACACUUGGGAGUUCUUUAGCAUCAAUGUCUGCAUUGCAAGGGGUGGACUAGAUGCCUCUUGGGGUCUCUUCCCAUUCUACGAUGCUAUGAUGCUAAAUGAAGGCCUGCACGCAGCCAAGAGAGGAAAGGGAUUCUGCCAACAGGAGCAGCCUUUAAAGCCCCCACUCGCAAAUUGUCAGCAUUUUUACAUCUUUGAUUUAAGGCUGCUCUGCUUGCAGGCCUUCCUUCUUUACCUAGGGACCUGCGGCCAAAGAUUUGCCUGGUUGCAAAAGAUGCAGUCUCUCACCAACUCAGAUUUGUCCCCUCUAAAAUUAAGAGUCGGAAGGGGUCUCAAAGUAGGAAUCAGAGCAUCCCUGACAGGUCAGUAUUGUCUGCACCAACUGGCAGCAAUGAAUGCCCAGGGUUUCAGGCAGGGCCUUACCUGGGGUUGAACCUGGGACCUUCUGCAUGCAAAGCAGCUGCUCUGUUCCAGAGUUACGGCACUCCCCACCCAAAAUGAAGUUCCCAGUCCUCCUGGUCGGAAUAAAGGGGUGAUUUGAUUGGGAAUCCAAGAACUGCCAUAUAUGGAGUCAGAUCAUUGGUCCAUUCACCUCAGCAUUGUCUACACUGACUGGCAGAAGCUCUCCAGGCUUUUGGGAACGGAUUACCCCCAGGCUCUGGCCCUGCCACCAAGCCAUGACCUUUCCUGAUGGUUCCGACACUGAGCCUCUCCCCGUCCUUUCCCACCACCCUGCUUCUCUGGGUCUUC